AUGCAUAUUACCUCUCUCAGCGCCCCCGCACGUACCACCGUACUGGGAUGCCGGUUUUCGUCGACCACUUUGGGUCCCUAUGUCUGCCCUAUAGGCUCUAAAUCGUUGUAUCAUGCACUUUCGGUGCAGUCCCAGGCUCGCACCGCGAGUGCAUCGGCAUCCCCAAUCCAUGCUCUCCGAUCUCAAAUAACUACCCUGAAGACAUCUACUCGGCCUCAGAUUGCAUCCGCUGUUUCGAUAACCUGCCGGGCCGCUUCCCUACGUGCAAACUCCACAGCCUCCACAGCCUCUACAGCAUCUCGCAGUGAGGCCGCCAAACUUGAUUGGAAUUCUUUCUUCAAGCUUCGCGCUUCCCGCCGGAGAUACACCCUAGCGUCUUCUGUCCUUUCGUCGUUGGCCACCACUACUAUCGGGGUCCAGGUUCUUUCCGGACAGGAUUUGGAGCAUCUGGGGGCGCAGGUUAUGGGCUUGGAUCCCUUCGUGGUCCUGGGAAUGGCGACGGCGGCAUGUGGCGCUGCAGGUUGGCUCGUUGGGCCAUUCCUUGGCAAUGCUGUGUGGGGGCUGGUUUACCGGAGAUAUAAGCCUGCGGUUACUAUCAAAGAGAAGGAGUUCUUCGACCGGAUCAAGCGCUUCCGUGUUGACCCCUCAUCGAAUUCGAUCGCAAACCCCGUCCCUGAUUACUACGGAGAGAAGAUCGGUAGCGUCCAGGGCUAUCGGCAGUGGCUGAAGGACCAAAGGGCAUACAACCGCAAGAGGCGCAGCUUCAUUCUCUAA